CGCGCGGCGGGUACGUCGUGGGGCUGCGGGCGCUGCCGGCCACUGGCGACCCGCGCCAGGGAAGCGCGGCCGGGUCCCAGUGCCCGCUGGCUGCAGGUUCGGGGCUCGCGGCUGGACUCCGGGCGAAGCCGGCCACCUCUGACCCCUCGCCGGCCGCGCGCCAGGCGCCGAUGGCCGGCCGCUCCCUGGGGCAGGCGGUAGCCACCGUGUCGCUCUCGGUAGCCCUUGCGUCUGUGACUGUCCGGUCCUUGGGCUGCCGCGCCGUCCCCGCACCCAGAAACCCAUUUCCAUCCUGUGGGUUUCACCUUCAAGCCAACAUCAUGUCUGGUUCUAAUGGUGCCAAAGAGAAUUCCCACAAUAAAGCCCGGACAUCUCCUUACCCAGGUUCAAAAGUAGAGCGAAGUCAGGUUCCUAAUGAGAAGGUGGGCUGGCUUGUUGAGUGGCAAGACUACAACCCAGUGGAGUACACCGCGGUCUCUGUCUUGGCUGGACCCCAGUGGGCAGACCCUCAGAUCAGUGAAAGCAACUUCUCUCCCAAAUUUAAUGAAAAGGAUGGGCAUGUUGAGAGAAAGAGCCAGAAUGGCCUGUACGAGAUUGAAAAUGGAAGACCCAGAAAUCCUGCAGGGAGGACAGGACUGGUUGGCCGGGGUCUUCUGGGGAGAUGGGGUCCAAAUCAUGCUGCAGAUCCUAUUAUAACCAGGUGGAAAAGGGACGAGAGUGGGAAUAAGAUCACACACCCUGUCUCCGGGAAAUGCAUCUUGCAGUUUGUUGCCAUCAAAAGGAAAGACUGUGGAGAGUGGGCAAUCCCUGGGGGAAUGGUAGACCCCGGAGAGAAGAUCAGUGCCACACUGAAAAGGGAGUUUGGUGAGGAAGCCCUGAACUCAUUACAGAAAUCCAGUGCGGAGAAGAGGGAGAUUGAGGAGAAGCUGCACGCGCUCUUCAGCCAGGAACAUCUUGUGAUAUAUAAGGGGUAUGUUGACGACCCUCGGAACACUGACAAUGCGUGGAUGGAGACAGAAGCUGUGAACUACCAUGAUGAAACAGGGGAGACAAUGGACAACCUGACUCUGGAGGCUGGAGAUGAUGCCGGGAAGGUGAAGUGGGUGGACAUCAGCGACCAGCUCAAGCUGUAUGCCAGUCACUCUCAGUUCAUCAAGCUCGUGGCAGAGAAGCGAGAUGCCCACUGGAGUGAGGACUGUGCUGCUGACAGCCAUGGGCUAUAACCUGUCCUGAAAGCCAGUGGGCCACAGGCUGGAGAGCACACAGUAGUGCUGCAGAACUGACACUCCUCUAAGGCCACCUGGAAAGGCUUGCAACAAGGUGAAAUACCUGAAUACAAUGAAGAACACUGAGUGUUCAGCUUUCUUCUCAGAGGGAUUAGAGACUGUCAUUUUGUAUAUAUUUAAGCAUGCCUGAAGAACUUUAAAUAAUUAAUGUUCUUUGAAAAAUUGUAGUUGCAAUAAAUAUAAAACCCAACUGCUGGUAA